UCAAAGUUAUUUUUAUUACAAUUGUGAGUACUAUCGCAGACUGCCAACCCGAAGAGCCCUCCCACCGAUUCUCCAUGGAGACGCACGGCUUCAUCAUUGGCUCGCGCUCCGUCGGAGCCGCUGUCGGUGAAUCUGAUCCGGAGCCGCCGGACUCCCGGCACACACGGCAGUCAUGACGGGCCGGUUCACACGCUUCUAGACCCCCCUGCGCGCGGACAUGGAGCCAAAUCAUCUCAAACUGCUUUUGAAGAACCUGCCGCUGCUCUUGCUUCUCGUGGAGCGCGUUAAACCCGCAUUAUCAGACGGCUGGAUCCAUGCACACGCAGAAGACAAACUCUUUAAAAAACUCUUCAUCGGUUACAAUAAGUGGUCCAGACCCGUGAGGAAUAUCAGCGAUGUUGUUAUUGUUAAGUUCGGCCUCUCGAUCGCCCAGCUUAUUGAUGUGGACGAGAAGAAUCAAAUGAUGACGACGAACGUUUGGCUGAAGCAGGAAUGGAACGACUAUAAACUGCGCUGGAAUCCCUCUGAAUUUGACAAUGUGACGUCUAUUAGGGUGCCGUCGGAGAUGAUCUGGGUGCCGGACAUCGUUUUAUACAAUAAUGCGGACGGUGAGUUUGCGGUGACCCACAUGACCAAAGCCCACCUGUUCCACACCGGAAAGGUGAGCUGGGUUCCCCCAGCCAUCUACAAGAGCUCCUGCAGCAUCGACGUCACCUUCUUCCCGUUCGACCAACAAAACUGCAAGAUGAAGUUCGGCUCCUGGACCUACGACAAGGCCAAGAUCGAUCUAGAGCAGAUCGAGAGCGCCGUGGACCUGAAGGACUACUGGGAGAGCGGCGAAUGGGCCAUCGUCAACGCCGUGGGAACCUACAACACGAAGAAAUACGACUGCUGCCACGAGAUCUACCCCGACAUCACCUACUUCUUCAUCAUCCGCCGCCUGCCUCUGUUCUACACCAUCAACCUCAUCAUUCCCUGCCUGCUCAUCUCUUGCUUGACCGUGCUGGUGUUCUACCUGCCGUCGGACUGCGGGGAGAAGAUCACGCUGUGCAUCUCCGUCCUCCUUUCCCUCACUGUUUUCCUGCUGCUCAUCACCGAAAUCAUUCCCUCGACGUCUCUGGUGAUUCCGCUGAUCGGAGAGUACCUGCUCUUCACCAUGAUCUUCGUCACGCUCUCUAUAGUCAUCACCGUUUUUGUGCUCAACGUGCACCACCGUUCGCCGAGCACCCACAAAAUGCCCCGCUGGGUCCAUUCGGUGUUCCUGGACCUCAUUCCCCGCUGGCUCUUCAUGAGACGCCCGGAGCCCGAUCCGAAAGGCCGCAAUGCGCCCGACCUCAGCGCGUCCAAAAGCUGGCUUCAGCGGGAGACCGAUGUGGACGGGCUGACCUGUCAGGACAUGGAGUUCGGGUUGGGGAUGGGAACAUCCACGUCCAUCUCGUCGCCGUCCGCCACGUCUCUGCAUCUGUCCGACUCGGAGCCUUUGCUCCAGAAGUACGAGCUCCAGCAGUUAGGACACGUGAUCAAUCUGUGUCAGCGCCCGGCUAAGCUUACGAAUGCGGCGUCCGACCCCGGGCUGAGCUUCUCGCCGUGCGUCCUGCGAGCUCUGGACGGCGUGCGGUACAUCGCCGAUCACCUGCGCGCCGAGGACGAAGACUUCUCAGUCAAGGAGGACUGGAAAUACGUGGCGAUGGUGAUCGACCGUAUCUUUCUGUGGAUGUUCAUCAUCGUGUGCCUGCUGGGGACGGUCGGCCUCUUCUUACCUCCCUGGAUAUCAGGAAUGAUCUGAGCGAAGACCCACAUCAAGAGACUUCCCCGAAGGAAGCCGAGGCCUUUUUUCCAGGCGCCGUUACAAACAUUUGUUACAGGGGGGAAAAAAAAAAAAAGUCUUUUUAUUUCAUCUCGUGCUCCGGUGAGAGACGCCCGCUCUUCGGGGGCUGCUGGAGAACGCGGUUCAUUGUUACAGCGCAGGAAACACAAGUCACCUCUCGCCGAACGCCUGACAUUUACCACUAUCAAGCUGCGCCCGAGUCCUGUCGUCUCCGUGCAUAAAGAGCGGGAACGCCAGCGCCGCAAUAUGCAAAAUUAACCUUUGGGAAGGAGGCGAAGCUUUUGUGACCCUGACGGGCGGCGGUUCAAUUCAGUUCACUCUUUAACCUUUAUCCGGCUGUUCAGCGGAUCGCAGAUUGCAUUUCGUGCCGCAUUCAACGGCAAUUAUCUCCGAGGUCAGAAGGCAACUUAUUUAUUUAUAACUUUCUCAAAUCUUUGAAAACGCAGUGGCUUUGCGGAGGUCUGCGAUCCAUGCGGGUCAAUGACUUUUAAACGGGUCCUGGGAGAAAAAUGGCAUUUACUGCUUGAAAUGCCCACUGAGCUAAAAUAGCGUUUUGCCAAACAUGUAAUCAGGAAUAAAUCAUUACAUAAAAAUGCUUCAGACGGAUUACCUAAUAAUUAAUAAACUGACACACAUUUCCCUUGAUAGCUUCGUGUUAUUUGAGAGACUUAUGAUAAAUGAGACGAUAUGAGGGAUGCCGCCCUCUGCUGAUGGUUGUGUAAAACAACCGAUUUAAGUCUAAAUGUGCAAUUUAAUAGUUAUUUCAAAAUUUUGUGUAAUUAAGAUGCGGCUAAAUAAAAUAGGUUUGAAUAAAAUGUUAACAUGUAAUAUUUAAAUAUUG